UAUUUUGUAACAAAGUGAUAUAACAAUCCACUUUCUACAUAGUGGGGACUCUGCUCUGUGCAUGCUAUUAGUUUUAUAGGAUAUUGGACUCAAUUAUGAAGAAUUCCUGACAUGGUAGUACUUUUUCGAAUUUACAUUUUCAGAUACCUAUACCUACCUAGCCCAACCCAGAUACUCUACGUAACGAAAAUGACGCUAUCAGAUUUUCGGGACCAGUUGAUUCUGUUCCAAUACGAUAUUAUUUACUUAUAAUGCAUAUCAUAAAUAAAUAUUUUGUAUAUUAUUCAUUUACUUAAUGAUGAAUUAAUUCAUGAUGAACAAGAGUUCCUACAUAAACCUGAAAAAUCAAUAAAGUAAAAAAACCUUUAGAAAUUGUUUGAUCGAUAAUAUUAUUCAAUUUCCAUAGUGACUCAAUUUGUCAAAGAUGAUAUUUCUUCUCCUAAUUUCAAUUGAUAUCUCUUGAAAAUGACAGGUUUACCUAAACUACCAGGUCUUACCUUUACAGAUCCAACAUUAACCAAUUUCAAGCUCAGUCACACACUAGAUACAUGUGCAGGAUACUCUUUACCCAAAACGGAUUACGUAGGUAUUGGUGGUCGGGAACUUGAAAUAAACACAGCGAAAUAUUUCACCAAGUCUGAUCCUGUACGAUAUGACCCUUCUCUCACCUAUGGAAGAACAAGAGCAGCUGCACUUCCUCAGUUCAUACCCCAUUAUGUUCAUUAUGAUGGAAAAUGUCUUACCUUUAGAGCCUUCUUCAAACAGACGGUAGUUGAAUCAGCAGAAGAACAUUAUAGAAUUCGUCAAGUGAACCUAAUUUAUUUCUUGUCAGACGAUACAAUAACUGUGAUUGAACCAAGAACACCGAAUGCUGGCAUGGAACAAGGAAAGUUAGUGAGAAGAGCUAAAAUACCUAAAAAUAAUAGGGGAGAGUACUGGACAUGGAAAGAUUUAGGAAUAGGAAAAGAUAUUGCAAUACAUGGAACAGUGUAUCAUACAGUAGACUGUGACGUUUUUACUAGGGAAUACAUGGCUAGUCAAGGUUUGAUUAUGGCGGAUUCUGAAGAAAUGCCUUUCGACCCAUAUACCAUGGAAAGAGCGUUAAAAAAACCUAUAACAACUUCCAAAACUCCACCUGCUGACAACAAGCUCCGAAGGUUCCUGGAAUACGACAGGCAAAUUUUGAAAUUCAACGCUGUUUGGGAUGACCGGGACAGUGAAUAUGGAGAGUUGAGAAAAUUCGAAAUCUUGUAUUUUCUCGCUGAUGAUACUAUUUGUGUCAAGGAAAUUCAUACUAAAAAUGAUGGUAGAGAUCCAUUCCCGCUUUUGUUGAGGAGGACGAAAAUACCUAAGAUAUACACCGAUAUACCAAUAAAUUAUCCAUCUUUAUAUUUGGAGUUAUCGGAUGCGGAAGUUACCGAGUUCUACCAACCUAUAGAUCUAAAAGUAGGAGAUACCAUUUUCAUUCUCGGUAGAAAGAUGUUGCUGUACGAUUGCGAUCCUUACACCAGAAACUACUACAGACAAGCACUCUGCAUAGAACAGAAAGCAGCAGUGCCAAUCGAGAAAGAAAAACCUCAACCCCCAGAGAGGCAAAUGCCGCCUCACAAUGGCAUUGGUGGUCUCGAGGACUCUUUACAGAACACUUUAAGUUUUCUACCAAAACCACCUAAGAAAGAUGUUAUAAGACAAAUCUCUAAUGCUAAUAAAUACCUGAGGUACGAAAUGGUAAUGGAAAAUAUUCAUCCUGAGGACACUAUUCGCAAAUUUUUACUUCUUUAUUCUUUGGGUGACGGUACCUGUAAGAUACAUGAACCUCCAAUUCAUAAUUCCGGCAUUAUUGGUGGAAAAUACCUCAAAGCAACUCAUUUAGUGAAACCAGGAAGUGAUCCUCUGGAUCCAGCCUUCUAUACACCUGGAGAUUUUUACAUAGGGGCUGUUAUAACGGUGUUUCAGCAGAGAUUCGUCAUAACUGGUGCUGAUUUAUAUGUGUAUAGGUAUAUGCAAGCUAAUCCUGAGAAAUUUCAAUGUUGCGUAAUAGAAAAUAUGCGAAAUUACAUGUUUAACAAAGGUUACUUAAAAGAAGAUAUUAAGGAUCACAUACAAGAAAGUCUGGAACAAGAGAAGAAAGAAGAAAGAGAUGCUAUAGGGAAAGAAAUGGAAGAACAGAAAACAAGCAUGGAAGUAUGUUACGGAAUGAAAUCACCUGUUGACGAAGAUUACGAACAGCGAAAGAAAGCUGAGCUGUCCGAAGCUUAUGAGAGAAGCUUAAUGCAUACAUAUAAAGUUCCUCCACAUGGUAUUAUGACGACUGAAAAACCAUGCCCUAUUGAUGUGAAUAUUGGGAAAGUAAAAGAAGAGAUAUGCGAGGAACCAGCUGAAGGAGAAGUAUACACUCCGAAACAUAUUGAUACUCCAGAAGAAAAACUGGAAAAGUACUACUCCAACAUACUGAAGAAACAUCACAACAUAUGUCAACAAGACAAAUAUAUUGAAUGCCGAGAACCUGAAGAUCUUGAAAGUCAUGGGAGAACUCCUAGAACGGGACCUUUAAUGGUUAAUCCUCCGGAAUUGCCACCAAAUCCAUGCAACAUCAAGAAAGUCAGAUUCAAUGUCGAUAUGGAUCGUUGUAUAAGAGAUAGUGACGAUUUAUGUGAUUUGAAAAGAGAAAAAACAACUUGCGAUUGCAGCGACUAUAAGAAACAGUCAUAAUGUCCCACAGAACUUAUAUAUUUUCGUUCUGCUUUAAUAAGAAUUGUGAUAUAAAAGAA